CCCCCCCCCCAGCCCCCCUCCCUCGCUGCAGAGACGGGCUGACUCCUCAGUCUCCGCAGGCAGUCGGCCGUGCCCACGGCACGUCCCCUCUCUGAUGGUCACAGACCGGAGCGCCAGCACUGUCCACAGCGUGCGUGGUGUGGGAUCAAGGUCGGCUCUUCGCCCUGCGCCGUCUCACGUGAGGGAGAAGGAUGGGGCUGCUCUCGGACCCCAGCCGCAGGCAGGUCCUGACAGACCUCAUCACCAGGAUGAGCGCGCCGUUGUGCCUCCUAUGCUACGCGGCUGGGAUCACCUGGUUCUUGGGCCUGGCCUUCGAGCCCUUCAUUCUGCGGAUGUACAUGUCGGAGAAUGCCAUGGGCUCCACCAUGGUGGAUGAGAACUUUGUGUACGGAGACAGGGCCCUCUCGUACGCCCGGGAGUUUUCAGGGCACCGGAAACGGGCAGGGGGCAUGCCUGUGGACUGGCUUCUGAAGACCAUGACUGGCCUGGGACUGGAGACCCACACCCACGGCUUCUCGCGCACCCUGCCCUUCCCGGAUGAGAUACGGGAGAGAUACAUGGUGAAAGGUACCAACGUCUACGGGAUCCUGCGAGCGUCAAGGGCAGCGAGCACGGAAUCCAUCGUUCUGAGCACCCCGGUUGAAAUGAAGCAGAACAGCCAAGCAGCAGGCCUGCUCCUGGCUCUGGCUUCCUACUUCCGAGGUCAGGUCUACUGGGCCAAGGACAUUAUCUUCCUCUUUAACGAGCAUGACAUGAUUGGGAUGGAAGCCUGGCUUGAGGCGUACCAUGACGUCAACGUGACAGCCAUCAGCUCGUCGGUGAUGCAGGGACGGGCUGGAGCCAUCCAGGCCGCCGUUACCGUGGAGAUCAGCAGCGACGUGGUCACCAGCUUCGACAUCAGUGUAGAGGGGCUGAAUGGCCAGCUGCCCAACCUCGACCUGGUCAACCUCUUCUCUUCCUUCUGCCAGAAGAACGGAGUCCUCUGUACGAUCCAGGGCAAGUUACCGCGGACAGACGGAGACACGCUGGAGGGUUACUUGCACUCCCUCCACACCAUGCUGCUGAUGGUGCUGAAACAGGGCUCGGGGAAGGCGCAGGGAGAUCACGGGCUCUUCCUGCGCUACCACAUCGAGGCGGUGACCAUCCGGGGGAUCAACAGCUUCCGUCAGUACAAGUUCGACAUGGUGACCGUCGGCAAGGUGUUUGAGGGAAUCGUGCGGAAGUUGAACAACCUGCAGGAACGGUUACACCAGUCGUACUUCUUCUACCUGCUGCCGUCCCUCUCGCGCUUCGCCUCCAUCGGAUACUACAUGCCCGCGUUCAUCUUCCUGCUCCUCAUCCUGCUGCUGAGAGCUCUCGACUUGUGGAUCAAACUGUCGAAGGCGCCGGCCUGCCCCAAGGACUGUGUGGAGGAGGACGCCAGGCCCGGAUUCCUGACCAUCCUGAUACCCAUCUUCAUCUGCCAUGCCAUGGGGCUGGCGCUGUACUACGUGCCCCUCCUGUGCCAGGGCACCGCCACCGACCACUUCCCCGUGUCCGAGACCGAGGCCGUGGUGCUCACCUCCAUCGCCAUCUACGUGGCUGGGCUCGCCCUGCCGCACAACACACAGAGGGCGCUCCCGAUGGAGCUGACGGACUGCGGCUGGAUGACUCUGAAGCUGAUCGCCGUUCUCUACCUGGCUCUGCUCCUGGGCAGCAUCACCCUCAUCAACUUCUCGCUGGGCUUCAUCCUGGCCGUCACACUGAUCCCCGCCGCCGCCUUGGCCCAGCCUGCGCCCUACAAGUUGCCGAGCGCGCUGCUGCUGGUGCUGCUGUCUCCGCCGGUGGUGGUGACCCUGUGCAUCUUCCUGUACCACGAGCUGUCCGAGUACCCGGUGUCGGUGCUGGAGUGCUGGCAGCUCUUCCUGAAGGCCGUGGCCGACUCCAUCCUCGACCACCACCUCUACGGCUCCAUCGUCUACCCCUUCCUCGUGCUGCUGGUCCACCCCUGCUGGCUGCUGCUCUGGAAUGUGGUCUUCUGGAAGUGAGGGCAGCUGGGACACCCCCCCCGGACCCUCUCCCUCCCAGGGCCGUGACCUCUGGACCACCCCCCCGGCCCCUGAUGGACCAUCCUCAUGGGGAUGAAGGGGGGAGAUGGGGACACCACUGAGGGGGAGUCAGAGGUAGCUGGCAGUGGGUUUAUUGGAAGAGACACUCACUAGCCGGGCUCAGAGGGAGGGGGUGGACAUGAGGGGUCCUGAACCCCCAGGUUCACCAGAGCCUCUGUCACCACAGAUUUCACAGGGGUGUCUCUGACUCCCUGGCAGCCUGGCCCGGGUACGGGGGGUGCUGAGGGAGCCCCCGCUGGCCCAGGUCUGAGGGCGGGGUAUGGGGUGAGUGGGGGCUGAGGGAGCCCCCGCAGUGAGAGCUUGGUGUCCCGGCUCCUGACACCGCUGUUGGACCAGGUUCGGACGGAGUCUCUCCGCCCCGUUCCCUCCGGUGUUGAAGCAGAUUUUGUGUACAGUCAUCGGCAAACACCGAAUUAAAUCAGAUCUGUGUCCA